AAACAUGGCAGGAGGCAAAAAGAGAACUGCUCGCCUGUCCGCAUUUCAAACUACAGUCAACUCCAUAUGGCAGGACAAACAUCUGAUAUUGUUCAAACCGGAGUACACUCUCCUGGUCGCGGCGGUGCUCUGGUGUGUGGAAGUCGGCAUCAACGUGUGGGUCAUUCAAAAAGUAGCAUAUACAGAGAUUGACUGGAAAGCCUACAUGGAUGAGGUCGAGGGCGUCAUUAAUGGCACCUACGACUAUACCCAGUUAAAGGGUGACACGGGGCCUCUAGUGUACCCAGCAGGAUUUGUGUACUUUUUCACUGCACUUUACUAUAUUACGGACCAGGGGCUGAAUAUUAGACUGGCACAGUAUUUGUUUGCCAGCUUCUAUCUUAUCACCCUCUUGUUGGUCUUCCGCAUCUACCACCGUACAAAGAAGGUCCCACCAUAUGUUUUCUUCUUUGUGUGCUGCGCAUCAUAUCGGAUCCACUCCAUCUUUGUGUUGCGACUCUUUAAUGACCCUGUGGCCAUGAUGCUGCUGUUUGGAGCAGUCAACCUCAUUCUGGAUGCACACUGGACCCUGGGCUGUGCCCUCUAUAGUCUGGCAGUGUCAGUGAAGAUGAACGUGAUGCUCUUCGCUCCAGGACUCCUCUUUAUCCUCUUGUCAGAGUUUGGACUGAUGAAGACCCUUCCCAAGCUCACACUCUGUGCCAUCAUCCAGCUUGUGUUAGGUUUGCCCUUCCUCUUGGUGAAUCCUGUAGGCUACAUGACCCGGGCAUUUGAUCUGGGCCGUCAGUUUCUUUUUAAGUGGACAGUGAACUGGCGCUUCUUGCCGGAGGACAUUUUCCUCAGCAGGUACUUCCACCUGGCACUGUUAUCCGCUCAUCUGACCACACUUAUCUGUUUUGCACUGAGGAAAUGGAAGAGGUCAGGGAGCAGUGCUUGGGCUCUUUUGAAAGAUCCAUCAGAGAGGAAGCCAAUGAUACAUAAGCUCACUGCUGAUCAGAUCGUUCUCAUCUUGUACUCUUCCAACUUCAUUGGCAUGUGCUUUUGCCGCUCGCUGCACUACCAGUUCUAUGUUUGGUAUUUUCACACUCUGCCCUACUUGCUGUGGAGCGGUGGAGUGAAGAAACUGGCUCACCUGCUCAGGGUGUUGAUACUAGGUCUGAUAGAGCUGGCGUGGAACACGUAUCCUUCCACCACCUACAGCUCCUUGUCCCUGCACGUCUGCCAUCUCAUCAUCUUGCUAUGUCUGUGGUUCAACCCGACCCCUUCUCCUCCAGAUAUGGGCUCAGAGUCCCAUAAGGUCAAACGCCAAUGAGUGGUGCUUCACCCGCAACUGUGUUCUUGCUCCAUACACACACCUCUCUUCUGGAUAAAGGAGGGACAAUGUUAGCAUUGUUGUUAAAUUAGCCUGUGAUCUCUAAGGGAUGACCUUGGUUCAGAUGUUAGUGUGCAGGAAACAGCGGGAGGAAAUAGCUCUGAUUUUCAAGCUGCUUAAAGAAUUUUUUUGAGAUGGACAAUGUGGAAGUCACAUGGAUCAGCAUGUAAUGUGACUUUUUACAUGUAGACCAUUACAUGCGACUUGAAAACACACGGUGUUGCUUAUUGAUAUUGGGACAUUGAAACGUUGGAACGAAGGUCUCAUCUAUAGCAGUGGUCUAGAGAUCCUGAAAAGUUUGAUUUUCGGCCAAAUUUAUGGCACCUGAUUCAACUAAUCAGUAGUUGGGAUUUCAUCUGGCUAUUGUCUGGAAUACCAUUUUGACAUAUUGUUUAUUACAGUGGUUCUCAACCAGGGGGGCGUGCCAGGAGAGAUAGGAAAGGGGGCACAAAUUGUUUUCAAGAAAGAAAAACAGACAUGGCAUCAUUUGGGUACUCGGUGUAUUUUAUUGCGUUUCAAAUAGAAUGUGCAUAAAUGAAAAACCCCACGUUCCCUCUCCCUCUGCAUUUUCUUUUUCUGGGGAGAGGCAGCGCUUAGCCUGCCUUUUAUCUAACUGUCAUUGCAGACCAGUGUUGCCAACAUGGCAACUUUUCAGACUUCUUUAGCGACUUUUUUGCAAAAAAAAAAAAAAAAGCAUAUAUCGACAAAUCGGCAACUUUCCAAAAGUCUCCAGUACUGUCCUGCAAGCGCGAGGUUUUGCUUUCCCGCUGCAAUCUCACCUCUCUCUGCGUCUGCACUGUUCAGUGAGUGGCUGAGAGCCGGAGCAGCACAUUCCAUUGAUCGCACGGCAGCUGACAGACGUGAAUGUAAAAAGAAGCAAGCGCAGGUAUCCCACUGAUUGAUUUAACAAUGGCAUGGCUAAUGAGACGCACGCUUCGUCCCAAUUUACAUAAUUCAUAUGCGAAUGUUUUUAGAAUGCAAGACGAUGUAAAAUAGUACACAUUAUUACAACUGUUGUUCAAAGUAGUUAGUGUUCAGAAACAUUUUUUAUAAUUCAUGUUCCAUACCUGUCUGUUAUAUAGUUUUAUAAAAGUUAUUUUUAAAAAUCAUAAAAGUAAUUAAAAAAGUAAAAAAACACAAAAGCAAAAAAAAAAAAUCUAUCUAUAUAUAGGGGAGGCUUGGAGGGUGGGGGGGGCUUUAGCUACAAAAGGUUGAGAACCUCUGGUUUAGUACAAUGUUUUUUUGGAGACUGUAAUCUUUGCACUCCCUUAUGUUAACAUAUAGUUUUACACCAAAUGUGACAAUAUUAAUGCAACAAAACCAUAGUUAAUUGAAAUACCACAAACACUUUCUACUGACUCCAAAUAUUUGUAAACUUUUGUGUGAAACAUACAUACUAUCUUCAGAAGACAUUAGUUAGCUGGAUCAGGUUUGUUUGAUUUGCAUCAGAGCUGUUGAACUGUGCAGGAAGGUAAUCUCGGGGAGUUUGGUGGGUUUGAUUCAUAGCCUGUUUAACUAUAUUUGGUGUUUCUUCUUGAUCAGUUGGAGAGUUUAGUGGGCUUGGAAAAAUGUUUAAUGGAAUGUCUAAUGAAUAGGUGUAAAGUGGAGAAGACCUUUUGGACCUUUUUGUGCUAACUCCUCCAUAGAUCAGCAUGCAGUUUAUAAUUGAAAUAUAGUCACACAACAACAAAGUAGCAACCUUGACAUUAACAUUUUCCUAAAGACAGAAUCAGAGGGCCAUGUUCCAGACUGAAAAGAAAUGGGCUGACGUUUUACAACAGGAACACCAAUGUAAAUUUCUGUUUACAUUGUGGAAUAGUAAAUCUUUUGACUUUUUGACUUGCAGUAUAUUGCCACUUCAUAGUUGGCGAAUUAAAAAUAUAUAUUUUUUUCCAUUUCAAUAUUUAAUUUGACACACUGAGUUUCCAGUUUAUUCAGGGAUGUGCACAGGGGGAGUGGCUAUGUGGCCUGAGCCACUGCCCAUUUGCCGUCAUAGGCUAAGGUGCUCCUCUGGUAGGCAGAACAGUUCUGUAGGCUGUAUGAACAGAACUGAGUGCAGCGGAGAGUAUUUACCAUCCCCAAUAAAAGCAUUCUGUAAUUACUCCGCUAAUGUUCUUCUCCAUGGUUUCCAUUUCCCACUCACUCUCUGUAUCUGCUCACUGGAGACAACAGAAGUUGAUCAGCAGAAGUAAUAAUUUGGAAGUUUGUUUUUGUAUUGCUGGUGCCAUUUUGCUUUUGCUCCUGGUUUUCUAAUAAUGCUGAAUAGUUGUACGAAAUAUCAGCAUUCAUGGAAGUCCAUUCCUGGAAGUGAGGGAAGCAUCAAUAUUCUCUAUUUUACUUGAGACUACUGAUGUAUCACAUACACUGGUGCUUGAAAGUUUGUGUAGGAUUUUCUAGAUAUCUGCAUAAAUAUGACCUAAAACAACAUCAUCCUAAAAGUAAACAAAUAGAAACCAAUUAAACAAAUGCUGUAAAACAUUAUACUUGGUCAUUUAUUUAUUAAGUAAAAAUAUCCAAUAUUAAAUAUUGAGUGGCAAAAGUAUGUGAAACUAGGAUUAGCAGUUAAUUUGAAGGUGAAUUUAGAGUCGGGUGUUUUCAGUCAAUGGCAUGACAAUUUGGUGUGAGUGAGCACCCUAUUUAAUUUAAAGAACAGGGAUCUAUUAAAGUCUCAUCUUCACAACACACGUUUGUGGAAGUGUAUCAUGGCUGAACAAAGGAGAUUUCUGUGUACCUCAGAAAAAGAGUGAUGCGCGUCAGGCUGGAAAAUGUUACAAAACCAUCUCUAAUAGUUUGGACUCCACCACUCCACAGUCAGACAGAUUGUGUACAAAUGGAGGAAAUUCAAGACCAUUGUUUCCCUCCCCAGGAGUGGUCAACCAACAAUGAUCACUCCAAGAGCAAGUUGUGUAAUAGUCCAUCUACAUAAAGGUCAUAACAGAACCCAGGGUAACUUCUAAGCAACUAAAGGCCUCUCUCACAUUGGCUAAUGUUAAUGUUCAUGAGUCCACCAUCAGGAGAACACUGAAAAACAAUGGUGUGCAUGGCAGGAUUGCAAGGUUGAAAGUCACUGCUCUCCAAAAAGAACAUUGCUGCCCUUUUGAAGUUUGCUAACAAUAACAUGGACAAGCCAGAAAGCUAUUGGAAAAAUGUUUUGUGGACAGAUGAGAACAAAAUAGAAUUUUUGGUUUAAAUGAGAAGCGUUAUGUUUGAAGAAAGGAAAAUGCUGCAUUCCAGCAUAAGAACCUUAUCCCAUUUGUGAAACAUGGUGGUGGUAGUAUCAUGGAUUGGGCCUGUUUUGCUGCAUCUGGGCCAGGAUGGCUUGCCAUCAUUGAUGGAACAAUGAAUUCUGAAUUAUACCAUCAAAUUCUAAAGGAAAAUGUCAGGACAUCUGUCUGUGAUCUGAAUCUCAAGAGAAAGUUGAGAAGGUCGUUCUACCAAAGAAUGGAUAAGGAAGAAUAAAGUUAAUAUUUUGGAAUGGCCAAGUUAAAGUCCUGACCUUAAUCAAAGAGAAAUGUUGUGGAAGGACCUGAGUCAAGUAGUUCAUGUAAGGAAACCCACCAACAUCCCAGAGUUGUUGAUGUUCUUUAGCCCUGUAUGGGCUAAAAUUCCACCAAGCCAAUGUGCAGGACUGAUCGAUACUUACCGGAAAUGUUUAGUUGCAGUUAUUGCUGCACAGUGGGUCACUUCAGCUGCUGAAAGCAAUAUGCCUUAAUAUGGUUCACAUACUUCUGCCACUCACAGAUCAUAGGUCAUUUUUCUCAAUAAGUAAAUGACCAAGUAUAGUAUUUUUGUGUCCUUUGUUUAAUUGGGUUCUCUUUGUCUACUUUUAGGACUUGUGUGGAAAUCUGAUAAUGAUUUAGAUCAUAUUUAUGCAGAAACAUAGAAAAUUCUACUUUCAAGCACCAUUGUAUUGCACAGGUGUGCUUUGUGGUGCAUGAUGUACAUGACCUGACCAUAAAGGAAUGCUUCAAUCAGCACUGUGAUGUUUUUUUCAAAAACAGGAGAAGAGCUUGAAACCCUAGUAAUGAACUUUCUGAAGGAAAGCCAACUAAAAGUUGAGGACAUCCGUGGCCAAGGUUAUGGUGGAGCAGCCAACAUGAGCGGGCCUUACAAAGGACUACAGUCCAGAAUACAAAAGCAAAAUGAAAAAGCAUUAUAUGUUCAUUGCCAUGCUACUUGCUUGAACUUUGUAUUAGUGAAAAGUGCAAAGUCAAGCAUACACUGUCUUUUUUUUUUUUUAAACAGUAUUUGAAAAACUUUACACCUUCAUUGCCAAUUCCAUGAAACUGCAUGCAGCAUUUGUACAAAGACAACAAGCCAUUAAUCCAUGCCAGCAUACCCAUGAGCUCCAGAAGCGACAGAAGAAUUUAUCCUUUGCUUGGAGAUAACUAGGUCCAGAAAGACCUAGACUUGGCAGCAGCAUACACUGUUGUAAAUGGUGUCAUUAGCAGAAUUAAUAAACUGAGAUCUGAAUAGCAAUUUAAAAAAAUAUAAAUCCUGAUGCUACCAUUCAUGUGGAGACAGGAGGGAUUAACAUGCCUAAAAUGAUUCCAGGGCUAGCAAGAUGUUGAAAUGUAACAGAAAAGUUUAAGUACUGCUCCACAUCAGCAAAUGAGGACUACCAACCCCAGACUUUAGUACUACAGAGGAACGAUGUACUUCAAUUUUUGGAUUCCCUGAUUCAGGAAUUCUACAGGCGAUUUCAAAGGAAAUAGAAAACUGAUGAAAUCUUGCAUUACUCGAUUUAAAGCUGGUUUGAGCCCCGCUCUGAGCAGGUGGUCCGGCUACAAGAGCACGUUUAAAAAAAUAAAGUUGUAGCAUUAUGAGAUUGUUCUCAUAAUAUAUUGAGAAUAACGUCAUUGCAUUAUGAAAACAAAGUAUCAUUUUGAGAAUAACAUAUAUUAAUGGUAGAAAAACUACAUGAUUAUCACAACGAUAGAAAGCUGAGCCAGCAGCUUAAUCAAAGCAAGAAAUGGAUGUGGAGGAUUUAGUUAGCUAAAUCAUACUUUAGGAUUAGGUUCAGCAACAAUGAAAUUCUUUGUGUUUCGACAAAAAAUCUGGCAAAGGGGAUUUAACACAUCACCUCUCGGGGACAAAGGAUUCCACACCCCACUUGCACCUGUGUGACAUCAAAGUAAAGACAAAAAUAAACUUUUCGCCAACCACAGUAGAUUGGGCUGCUUUAAAUCAUAAAAGCCAUGUAGGAUUAAAUAAUUAAUAAUGCUUACUAAAAUACAUUAAACAAUUGUUUAAUUAAAUGUUUUAAUUGCUAUGUGGGAUUACAUUCUUAAACAAAAGCACAGCAAAGUGUUCUGGCCUUGGUCUCCGGUCUGGCUCUGCUGAAUCUAGGUGUAGUAUUUUGUCUUUCUUCAGGGACACAUUUAAACAUAUCGGGUACAAUCACACCUGGGAGGAGAGACCAGCAAAUGUGAUGUGAAUUUGAAAAAGUGUUUGGGGUUUCUGGCAGUCUCAGACAGAAUGUGGACAUUACUGAAGAGUAAUGGGGUGUAGACAAAGGAGAAACUGCUGAUGUAGAUCUUUGAACUGGUGCCUCACAAUACAUGUUGAAUGAAGAAAUUUCGGCAAGUGAACCCAUUAAUUGACCAUUAAAUUUGCGUGCAAAUCCAAAGCUACUCAUAAGCUAUUCAAGCUUAGUGACCAUAUGCAUUUUACUCUCUGGAUUGCCCAAUGAAAUGAACUGCAUUCCUUUUCAAAAAAAGUUUUUAAAAAGUUAGUGAUACUUUCACUAACUUAUCAAAAACUAUUUUUUCUUGGUCACAGUUCUAAACUGGUGGGUCAGUGAAAAUAGGUCAGUAAGAAAUUUUCAGUUGCUCAAUAAGACCCAUUAUGAAAUGCAAGAAUAUAGUAACAUUUUCCCCCAGCAUGCGAUUAAAAAAAAGGACAUACAAACGAGGAACAUUAUAAGCAAUUUAUCAUAAGUGCUAACAAUAUUCGUUCAGUGUUCUGAAGAUGGAAAAAAGUCAAACUGCAUUUGGAAUAGGCAGUGAUUUCUGUUAUUGUAAAAUAAUCUUACAAAGCAUUAUUUUAUUAUAUUUCUGUAUAGUAUUUAAUUUCACUGUGCAGAGCUCUGCAGCGAACGCUCACUCCCUUGAAGCACUGAGAAUGAUGUAACUGAGUUGGUGUCCCUACACUCUCAAACUACUUAAAUAUUUGUACAUACCUUAAUAUUUUGCAGUAAACAUGCACUAUAUUGUUUCUAUAUUUAUAACCAACAACAACUAAAUUGCUAGUUUUAUAUUUCUGCAUAGAUUUUAUUUGACUACAUAAUUUGAAAUGCUUUCAUGGGAUUGUAGUUCAUUCCCAGAUUAAGGACAUGGUCUUAAGAAACAGUCUUGUAGGUGUAGCUAGACCCUUUUCACGGGGCUUCAGCCCUGCCUGUUUUUCCAUCUCAGCCCCCAAAAAGAUCUGCCCAUGUUAACGUGGCUUUAUUUGACCAAAAUAUACUUUUGUUCAGGUGGUAAAUGGCCAUUGCUUAAACCACUAGCUACAGUCUGGUACAAACAAGAUCCAUCCAGUAUGUGUCAUUGUUACAUAGCUCAACUUGAGAAUGCAGUUCAUCAUCACCAUGGAAAUGUUUUGGGGUUUUUUUUUUUUUUUGGCUGAACUAGCAUAAUCAGACCACUUGUAUUUCAUCUUUACAAUGAUACCAACAUCAUGUAGAGGGACAGUUUACAUGUAAUGGACAGUGAAAUAUUGCAUCAAAUUUCGUUUGGGUGCAGGCUUUUCUGAAUAAGUUAUUUCAUAGCUUUGUUUAGCUAUUAUUUGAUGAUAAAGAAUGAACAAGUAUUUAAAAACGUUUGACUGGUAGUUUACUUUAAAAAUGAUUUAACUUUAUCUUCAUUAAAUAAACUUUUCUUUGGACUAAUGUAGAAAAUGUUUGUAAAAUAAACCGUGGAAUUAGCAGAAAUAAACAACAAUAUUUUAGGCUUCCAAUAAAAACAUGAUGAUAUUUAUGAUAAUUACAGCCACGUAAGAGAGGGAGCACUCCUUACGUGAGAUUCAGUUUGGCACUGGUGGGAGCACUUGAGUCUAUGCGCAACCUGAUGGAUAUUCUGGGAAGUGAAACAGAUGUAUUUAAUUCUAAGAAACUGGUCUGACUACCCCUGCAGCAUUUCAGGGGUAGGCAAUCUUAUCCGGAAAGGGCCAGUGUGGGUGCAGGUUUUCAUUCCAACCAAGCAGGAGGCACACCUGAUUCCACCUGUUUAAUCAGUUGAUCUUGGCUUUCAAUAGUCUCAGGUGUGGUUUGUGCUUGGUUGGAAUGAAAACCUGCACCCACACCGGCCCUUUCCGGAUAAGAUUGCCCAUCCCUUAGCGUGAUAGGCUUCCUGAUCCUACAUAAAUGAAAACAUUUUUUAAGGUCACAACUGUAGUUAAAAGCUAGUAAAAACUGUAGUAAAAACCGUCAAAUCUUUGAACCCCCCAACACCCUUUUACAUAAAAAUUAGGUGUUAAAAAUGGUAGUGUACACUAGAUUUAUAUUCAAGUUUUAUCAAAUGAAAGCUUUAAAAAAUCUGAUUAUAGACAUAUUUUAAAUGGUUACUUUUUGUCUCAUAGGCAAGUACUUAUCUUUACUCUUAACAACAUUUGCUCCAAAUGUGACUAAGCUUUGGCUAAAUAACUAAUUCAGGAAUAUAGUACAGGGCACAAAAACUGCAUUUCCAGUGGCUUUUUUUUUUUUUUUUGGUCUUUUUAGCAUCAUUUUUUUGUCUUUCUGUCUGUUCCUGAUUUUGUCAUGCUUAGUUAGUUAAUGUUUUUGUAUGAUCUCUUAAAUACAUAAGGCAGUUGCUCACACAGUUGAUCUGGUGUAUCUGCUAAAUGUGUCAGGGCUAUAAACCACCAGGCAUAGUAUUGUGAACUGGAAGCAACACAAUGGCAUAACACAAUAUUGUUUUUCAUAAUAAAUUUUAUUCCAAGAUUUUCUGAUUGAUUCACUCAUUCUCUUGCAUAUCUCAGUACAGCUUCAUCAAAAAGUCUAAAGCAUGUCAACCCAUCGCAACUAUUAAUUGAGCAUUUUAAAAGGUUUUUUUUUUUUUUUUUUUGGAAAACUAGGACUGAACAUGCAAUAAAUAAAAGUGGCAGCUAAAACCUACAGACAUACAAUUGAGCAAUUUUUCAUUUUCAUUUUUAUCAAGUUUCAGUAAGAAAAAGUAACAGAAAGAAAACUGAAGUUUAAAUCCCUGCAGUAAUUUUAGGUGAUGUGAUUUCUGAAGGCACAGAUUAAGUGUAUUGUAGUCUGUGAUUUUGGCAGAAGUUAGCUGAAGUGCAAAUAUUCAAAAUUCAGACAAAUGCAGCCUAUAUCAGCAAAGUAGUUUAAGCUCUCAGACUAAAUAAACUUAUGUUAUUACACUAAUAUAAUUUAUCCAUUAAAUUCAUUGUCAUAAAAUGGCAGAUGCUUUAUACAUACUGUAUAUUCUAAAUGUUUCACAAGACAAAAUAUUUUAGUAUGUAAUGAUGGACUGCAAAUAAAGGUAUAGUAUUGUGUUUACAGUCUUUUUCCCAGGAUGGCAGCCACAUGAUGUGGGAUGUCAAGGUUGUUUUGAGUUCUUUAAUGGCCUGUUAUCAAAGGAAUUAUAGACCCAUGUGGUAAUUUUAUUACAUGUUCCAGUUCUGUUCAUUUGUAGCAGACCAUGUCAAAUUGGACAUUCUACUACAUACUUGGUUCUUGCUGAGCUGGAGAUCCUCAUCCCAGAAUAUGCUAAAUUGGACUGAACUGGUUCCGUCACAUGUAAUUUGGAUUGUAGCAGAGCAUGUUAAGCUGUAGAUUUUCAUCCCAAUGGCGCAGCAGAAGGAACAGCUGUCUAGCGGCUGCUCUCAGCCCUGGCAGGUCUACACCCUCUGGAAGUGACUGACAUUUGAGCCAGAAGUCUGCCUUGGCUGCCACAAGCUCCCACUCCACAAAAAAGCCUGCACAAUGGUGCUCAAGCCAUGCCAAAGCCACAGAUGUUGCCCAGCUGGAACUCUCCACAUCCAGCUGUGCCAGCUGUUCCCCCUGUGGUUCUACCUCCUCACACAUGUCUGUUUCAGAGCCACGCCCACUAUCAGAAUGUGGGACUCCCCCCACAAGUUCUACAGAGCCCUCUUCUGAGCUGAAGGGUUCUGGAAGCACAGUGAGGGAAUCAUUGGCAAAUCGCAGGCCUGAGCUAGCAUGAGGUGGGCGUGUGGUUCUCUGGUCAUCUGGCCUGUAGGAGGCAAUGGGGCCAGUGGAGGGGGAAGAGAUGUAGUAGUAAGGGGGGCUUAAGCUGCUGCGGUGGAUCAGGUAGGGAGAUGCUCGCUUUAGACGAUCCAGGGGGAUGUGAAUGCACUCAGAGAAUGAUUCAGACAGCAGGAAGGCACCCGAAGCAAGCUGCAAACGCAACUAAAGAACAGGUGUCACAAAGACAGGAAUUUGUACUAUGGGUGUGGCAAUUAGCACAAAUUCCUCUAAAUAGAAUUUCUUAGUAGAAAUGCAUGUGCCCUUUAAACAAAUUUAACUGAACAAACUUCUAUCAAUUUGUAUGGUCAGAUUCCUUCUAAUUACUAACUUUGCUGGUUAGCCUUAAAUGCAAAUCUUGAAAUACAUGGAUGGAUGUUUGUCUACAUAAACUUUUAAAUGAAGAAGAUUAAUGAUACAAUUUUAAUUUAUACUUGCCAUUUAUCUGCCAUUUGAGACUAAUGAGAAUAAUUGCAUACUGGGACCAUAACUAUGAUUGGAUGGAGUGUGAAUUGGAGGAUAUGUAUGAUUCUCACCAGUGGGAGGUAAUCAGGAGACUGGGAGUUUGUCUGUGUUUCAGAUACAGCAGACAGGCACUGAGGUUUAAGAGGAGUUUGCCUUCCUGAGCUGUGGCUAGGCCUCAGUCUGCCAAGAUUAAAUCUGCCAACACAUACAUUGCAUCAAACAGAAUUCUAGACUUUCAUUCUCCUCAACACAUUUAAUACAUUUUCACCAGAUACUCUUGCAAUUUUUAAAAAAAUAAAACAUAUUAAUGAAACAUCAUUAAAUUAUUAAUUAAGUAUAAUCUAUAGAUAUUGGUGAAAAGUACUUUAUUUUUAAACAAAUAUAUCUGUUAACAGACCAGGUUAACCAAGCAUGUUUUUAAUCUGGAUUACAAUACACAGUAGUAUUCCUAGAGCUUCGUUUUCAUGAUGCUGCAAACAUAAUUUGCUGGUUAGCCUCAGGAUGUUUCUAUUUUGGUUUGAAAUAAGCCCCUUCUAGCACGUGGGAGAAAAGUUUCAAACAGUAUGCUUUGUCAUAACUGCACAACUAUGUGUAAAAAAAAAAAACCAACCUAUUUUAUAUACAACUCAUAUACAGUAUAGUAAAGUUCAUGGACUAUUUUAAUUGAAGAUUGUUGAGAGCCCCUAAUGUUCUACAGAACACUAUUCUAGAGUUUAGGGAAUCAUCUCCCACACUCUCAGAAAUUAUGUGUUAAUAUCCUACACAUUUUUUUGUGUUAAUAGUAUUUUAACAUGUUGUGGUUUUGAGCUUUUGAUUGUGACAGUGGAGUCGAACUCCUAAGACGAGGAAACCAAAUGACCACCAGUAAGUUAGCAUUCAUCACUAUUUAGCAUUAAUGCUGCUGAAAAUGCCUGGCUGAGUUUGUGAUAUCUAGGCAGGGAGCUCUUGAAAAUUUAUUUAUUGGAAAACAGUAACUCUGCAAGUGAUAAUUAACUUUACCUAUCGCGAUGGCUUCAAAAGUGAAUAUCAUGUACUGCUUCAUCAGUGUUGGUGUUAUGCUACUAGUGUCGUGUUUAUUUUGGCUGUGAAAUAUGGACUGAGGUUGUAUAAUUCUCUGGGUCUGCAUCUUAUCUGAGGCUCAGAGUUAGGGUUAGCUAGCUAGAUGCUGUCACCAAUCACAGUAGGAAUGAGUGAUGCUCACCUGAGUUGAUAACAUUUCUUUAGCAGCUUGCGGUAAUGUUAGACAUUCCCAUUACCUUUUUGAAAGUUAAUAAUAACCUAGCAUUACAGCUGUUCAACAUGAUGUAAUACAGAAGUGGGAUAAUGUUAACUACAUUUAGCAAGUGUUUUGGACAAGGCAAGCUGUAGUAAUUAUCAUUAGGAGGAUGGGUUAGGGCCGUGUUUCUUCAUGUAUGCAGAGAAUGUUAAUGCUGGUUAACAGAUACAGUCAGUCAGUGGCUAACGGAACUUAGCAAUUCUACUUAGCAUUACUCAGUAAUGUUCAGGCCAGAAGUCCUUCACAAGGUUCAAGUGACAAAAAGAGAGGAUGGGGUUUAGGUUUUAGUGCUUUCCACUAUCUCUGUAAUGUUGGUUGACUUAAUUAGAUUGUGCAAAAUAUUGGCGGUGAGGUGUAAAUAAAUAAAAGGUUAGCUAGAUUUUAUAGCACCAUUUUGUUCAUUGGGAGAGUGGCGGUUACAUUUCCAAAAUUACACAAUUUGGGUAAUUAUAUAACGCAAUUUCUCAGUUGAAGCCCAAAGUCAUUUGUCCAUAUUUUGGAGCCAACAACUAACCAACAUUCUUUUUGCUCUUUUACAGCUUUUCAAAUAGAAGGGAGUGGGACUCUUAUCGUGCCAGAUGACAGGGGGAUUUGUAAGAAGAUGCAUCAACUCCCAAUCUUACAUCUGUCAAAUUAACUGAUUUUAAUAAUUUUUUUUAUUUUUUUUUUAAGUGAGCAUUUUAGUAGAAUUUUAGCACACAAACAAAUUGCAUUUUAGGAUAAUUGUAGGGAAAAAAAAUAUAAACAACAAAUCUGUGUUUUGUGGUUUUUUUUGUCUGCAUUUGUUAAAUAUACUAACACACUGAUUGUGUUGAAAGCAACACAAAAUGUGUUGCCCUUAAUUAGACACACAGGUGUGUUAAAAAUGAACACAUGAUGUGUUAUUUUGAACACAUCGGUUUUAAGAGUGCACCAGCUGAGGAUUAACAGCAGGCCCGGGAAGGGAAACAGUAACUCAGUGGUUAAGGCAGUGGACUUAAGGUUGUGAGAUCAAACCCAGAACUGCUAAGCUGCCAUUGAUGGAGCCUGGCUCAAUUGUAUAAAUUAGAUCAUUUUAAGUCACUUUGUAUAAGGGUGUCUGCCA